AUGGCAAUCCGCAUCAACCUUCCUCCCGUCACUCGGGUCCUGCUUGGGGUUCUUGUGGCCUUAUCCUUCCUCUACAACAUUGCUCGAUGGAGGCUGUCGACAGACAAUGCUAGUGUUGGCGACCCGACAAGCGCAACUCCGUCCGUACGACCCAUCGUCCCGUAUCUAGCCCUGGUUCCUUCACAAUGUAUCUGGUACCCUUGGACGUUUCUCAGCGCAACCUUUGUCGAGCAAAAUAUCCUUACCCUCCUGAUCAAUGGCAUCAACAUUUUCUUCGGUGGAAAAUACCUUGAAAGAGCAUGGGGAACUCAGGGUUUUGUCUACGUUAUCCUGAUCUCAUCUAUUAUACCCAACUUCUUAAUGGCCCCAACCUACAUCGUCUGGGCCGCUAUGACCGGCAAUCCUGAAAGAGCCAUGACUCCGAUAACUGGUGGCAUUGCGACACAAGCAGCAUUCCUGGUUGCUUUCAAGCAGCUUGUCCCCGAGCACACCGUCAGCAUAUACAAGGGCAUGAUCAAGAUGCGCGUCAAGCAUUUCCCGGCUGUUUUCCUCGUCCUAAACACCCUGUCCGGCCUGAUUAUUGGUACCGAUGUCGGUCUCUUCCUUGCUUGGUACGGGUUGAUCACCACUUGGACGUACCUCCGCUUCUACAAGCGCCAGCCUGAUCUAUCAGGAACGGGAUUCGAUGGCCGGGGCUUAAAGGGCGAUGCCAGCGAAACAUUUGCCUUUGCGACGUUCUUUCCUGAUGCCGUCCAACCGCCGAUUGCCGCGUUCUGCAACCAGAUCUAUAUUUUGUUGUGCAAUCUGAAGAUUUGCACGCCUUUCUCCGAGGAAGAAAUUGCGACUGGAAAUGAACAGGCUGCAGCACGAGGGGAAGCAGGCCUGCCGAGUUUCAACAAACACGCGCGCGGAGCACGGGGUAUGAGCAAACGGGAAGAGGCAGAACGACGGCGCGCUCUGGCCCUCAAGGCGUUAGACGAACGGCUCAAUGCUGCGGCCAGUCGAGCCCCCGUUCAGCCAACCACGACGAGUGCGCCCGACUUGCCCAAAGGACAGGAGAUGCUCGGACAAACCGACUAUCGCCCGGAUGAAUGA